CGGUGCGCGGGGGGUGCGGGCGGCAGCUGGGCCGAGGCCCCGUCGCGGCCGCCGGCACUAGGAGCGCGGCGGAGUCUGUUUCCAGCCCCAGUCCCAGCCGCGGUGCACUCGGGGAAGCGCCGGCCGGAGGAGGCGGUACCCGGCGCCAGGUAACAAUGACUUCACCAAAUAAAGCGCUAGAGCUACAGCUGCAAAUGAAGCAAAAUGCUGAAGAGCUGCAUGAUUUUGUGAGAGAAUUAGAAAGCUGGGAAAAAGAUAUUAAGCAGAUGGAUUCUGAAUUGAUGAAACAGACUGGUGCCCCAGAAGAGAAUUUACCACCAAUUCGAAAUGAGGUAUAUAGGAAAAAGAAGAAGAGCAAAGCUAAAGUACCUUCUAAGAAAACAACUGAGGAAAACAAAAAAAACAAGAUAAAAUCUUAUGACUAUGAAGCAUGGGGAAAGCUUGAUGUGGACAAAAUACUUGAAGAACUUGACAAAGAAGAUAGUACCCAUGAUUCCUUAUCUCCAGAAUCGGACUCUGAAGAAGAUGGAAUUCAUAUAGAUGCAGAAAAAGCUCUUGCUGAGAGAGAAAAGGGCAAUAUGUACUUUCAGCAAGGAAAGUAUGAUGAAGCAAUAAAAUGCUACACAAAGGGGAUGAAUGCUGAUCCGUACAAUCCAGUCCUCCCCACAAAUAGAGCAUCUGCUUUCUUUAGAAUUAAAAAGUUUUCUGUUGCUGAAUCUGACUGCAAUUUAGCACUUGCACUAAAUAAGAAUUAUACAAAGGCUUAUUCCAGGAGAGGAGCUGCUCGCUUUGCUUUGCAAAAUCUUGAGGGGGCCAAAGAAGAUUAUGAAAAGGUUUUAGAACUUGAUCCAGAUAACUUUGAAGCAAAAAAUGAACUCCAGAAAAUCGAUCAGGCUCUAACAUCAAAAGAAAAUUCACAACAAAAUGAAGCUGAAGAAGUCAGAAAGAAGCUUGAAUUAACAGAAGAAGAAAAGAAGCAAAUAGAAGAGCAGCAGCUCAAGCAGAAGGCUAUUGCGGAGAAAGAUUUGGGAAAUGGAUAUUUCAAAGAGGGAAAAUAUGAAGCAGCAAUUGAAUGUUAUACACGUGGUAUAGCAGCAGAUGGCACCAAUGCACUUCUGCCAGCUAACAGAGCUAUGGCCUAUCUAAAGAUUCAAAAAUAUAAAGAGGCAGAAGCAGACUGCACACAAGCUGUACUACUAGAUGUUUCCUAUUCUAAAGCUUUUGCCAGAAGAGGGACUGCCAGAUCAGCCCUAGGAAAGCUAAAAGAAGCUAUGCAAGAUUUUGAAACAGUUUUGAAGUUGGAACCUGGCAAUAAACAAGCAAUAAAUGAACUAACCAAAAUACAGAAUGAAUUAGUUGAGAAAGGGCUGUGGACUUACCAGGAAUGUCCUGAACCAUCCGCAGAAGAAACAGAAAUACGAAACCUGGUGCAGCCCAUUGAUAAGCCCUUACAUCUUAGAUCAACUAAACCUUUGAGAAGAAUAUUCAUUGAAGAAGUUGGUGAUGAGAUGCAGAAUAUUGAUGUGCCUAACACUACUACUCUAGUCAGUAAUUGGAUUAAUUCUACAAGCGUAGAAACAACAAAGAAUCUAAGUCAAGAUGACCUCUUAACCACAUCUGAUACUCCUAGAGCAAAACAGUUGAAAAUAGAAGAAAUCGGUGAUAUACCAGCCUUCCAGUCCCCUACCAAUAUGAAAGAGAUGCCAUCAGCUACACUUCAAUCAUCCAGUCUGAAAAAUCAUCUAGAAAAAGAAAAAUCAUUACUUCCUGCAUCUACAUCUGAUGUUCCUGCAAUCCCUGCAAAUUCAUUCCAGCUUGAAUCUGAUUUCAGAAAAUUGAAAGGCUGCCCAGAUAAGAUGUACAUGUACCUAAAGCAAAUAGAGCCUUCGCUUUAUCCAAAGCUGUUCCAAAAAUCCUUAGAUCCAGAUGUAUUUAAUCAGAUUUUGAAAAUUCUACGAGACUUUUACAUUGAGAAAGAGAAACCAUCACUCAUCCUUGAAAUUCUCCAAAGGCUAUCUGAAUUAAAAAGAUUUGACAUGGCAGUGAUGUUUAUGUCAGACUUGGAGAAAAAGACUGCACAUGUAUUAUUCAGUCACGUGAACCAGUCUGGAUUGGAGGAUAAUUCUGUUGAAGAGCUGAAGAAGAAAUAUGGUGUUCAGUAUUAAUAGAUUACUGAUGUUACAUAUUUGUAUGUGUAAACUAGUCUGAUUCCGCACCUCUUCUCUGAGCUACUUGCACUGAAGUCAGUGAAGAGUUAAAUCCAUAAAGUUGCAUUUAUGUAGGUAAUAAAAUCCUUAUACCAGACAAAACCAAAUGGCAAGUGCCUAGAAAGGAUAAUGGCCUAUGCCCCAAUUCUGCAAUUGUGCCCAUUAUUUAAGAGCCCUGUGGCUCCAGGAGGACUCUCCCCAGGUUUAAGAGUCCGCUUGAGUAGAUUGAAUUGCAGGAUUAAGGCUGACAGUUAUUCAGAAAUAAAGUUAAUUAUUUAUAAACGUGGGUUUUGAUAACUUGAUGAUUAUUAAAAGAUCAGCGUGAAUUUUAUUUUGGGAAAUAAACUUAACAGUGUUUAAUUCAAAAUAUCAGAAUUGGCUGGUAUAUUUUAUUUUAACAUAAAAUGUACUACUUAAUGAACUUACAUUUCUCAGAUAAGCUAAAUUGUUGUUUAUCUUUUAAAUAGAUGCCACGCAGGACAAUAUGAAAACUUCAUCUAAUGCUCUGCAAACUUGGGGUCUGAAGGCCAGUAAAUUCCAAAUUUCUUUAGCUGAGAUUGCCCUAAAGCUGAGUUGCCCAUUGCAGUAGUACAAAAGGAAUCUCUCUUAAAUAACUAGGUUCCAGACAAUGUAAGAUUUUUCAAAUAGUCACUAAGACCCUGAAUUUCACCUAUGGCUGAAUGAAAAUAUAUAAAAAUAUGAAUGAAUAUUGCACCACACAGAGAGCACAAUUCUUAACAGUCCUAUCAAUCCAUCCCCUUUACAAGCAGGUAGCUAUGCAGUAUUUCUUUUGAUUCUUUUUCGAUGGAUGGCCCCAGGUCUUAUUUGCCAGUUUUAAUGGGACUUGUGCUCUUAAGUCACUUAGAUGCUUUUGAAAAUCCCACCCUUUAUCCUAAUGCCUACACACAAGAGGGCCACAUUGAGGUUGUACAGGCAAACUUAAUUCUGGCAAUUUCUAACUUUUGAGCAUUUUGAUUUUUCAACCUCAGUCUGUUUUAAAGUUACUUUUUGUAUAAAUCCAGAACAGCUAACAAACCAAUAAAACCUAAGUAGAACAAGAUGGAUAUAGCUGAGAUGUGGAGUUUUGCUUGUUUGUUUGUGGGGGGUUGUUUUGUUUUUCAUUUUUGCUGCAUUCUUUCUAUCUACUAGCUAUUCAGGUUAUAGCAAUAGAUCAAAAUCAUUAAGUGGAAUCUGUCACGCCAAUAUCUUUAUGGUGUGCUGUAGCUAUACAACCCUUUAACUUUACAAGUAGGCCUGUUGCCACGGUUGGUCAAGCUUUGGCAAAUGUGUUUUUCGUUUUGUGAAAGAAAUGCACCAUGCUACAUUGUGGGCUUGUCUAUUGUGAAAUAAGCUAGAGUAUGAAUUUAAAACACAGUGACUAUUCCUCAACUCCCCAUGUGGACACUCUCUAUUUGUCACUAAAAUGGAUUGAGUUAAAUUGCACAAAGGCUUUCUUAGAGCAGAAUAAGAGGAUCCAUAUGAGGAGCUAUUUUGGAAUAUCUAUUCCAGGCCAUUUUUCCCCUAUAGACAAGCCCUAUGGGAAGAAAUAAUGCUGGACAAUGUAUCAUUAUGUAGUAUAAUGCACUAGAGAUAGAUAGCAGGUAACAGCUGGGGUAUGGUGUUGUGGUGAAAUAUUUACACUUAUUUUUCACUCAUCACCAUAGAUCUUUAUUUCCUCUGGGAACUUUAAUAGGGCAAAAAUAUCUAAAAUGUUCUAACCUCACAGAUUUGGGCUAGUGGGGUCCUAGUCUUGUAGAACACCUCUUUACGGUGAGCACCAACAAGCGUGGGUAUUGUCUUUGUAGCAGGUUUACUUAUUCUAGACACAAGAUGACCCACUUCACACUGAGGAGGAAAAAACCCUAGCCCUGUGUCAGAAGAUUGCCUUGCUGGGUCUUAACUGGAGGUUUAGGUUCUCUCUCUUCUUUCUGACUUGGUUCAAUUUCUGAGCUAUGUGACAUCAUUAAAAUUUCAUCCCUGACGGAUUGACAUCAGUCAGCUUGGGAAGACUUCAAUCCCAUGUUGAGACCACUCCUAAAGAUGAAGUUCCCUGCUGAAAUUGCAAGAAUCCUCUGUAGCUGGAUAGGCUACAACACUCGUGCACCUUCCUUAAAACAGCAACCAUGAAGACAAUUUGGGACUGGAUAAAGGCUAUUUACUUAGCCCUGGGAUAGUCAUGCUGUUACCUGGGGUCUUCAGAACCUCCAACAGGGGCAAUUUAACUAUUUCAUUCCAGGCGGUGUUAGUAAUAAAUCAACAGGAACACAGCAAUGCUGUCUGAUAAGAUCAUGCAUGUAAGUAUGCUCUUUCUAAAACUGCAGUUUAUUAGAUUUAAGCACACAAAAGCAAUAGGUUUAGAACAUCCCAGAUAUUUACCUAACAUCUGGAAAGGUAUUGAGUAACAGCAGGUUCUCAGUGGCCAGUUGCUCACCCACGGGGGAGAAAGGAUGUCAGGAAAAACAUUUCUCAAGUUGGCUUCUGAGGACUUUCCAAAGUACUCUCUAUUAGCUAAUCUUUUAUAACUAACUUCUACAAAACACAUAGGUCAUAAUACUCCCUACUAUAUCAUCACUUUUCUAACUUUUAGUAAACUUUUAAUAUCAAAGGCCUCUAGACUCAAGGUUUUCCAACCACCAAGGUCUCAGUUGUUUUUUCUUGUCUGUCACUUCCUCCCAUUCUGAUUAGCAGAAAACUGCCAGCUAGAUAUGAUCUUGCUUCUGAAAGUCUGUCUCCAAGUUAACCUUUAACUAUGUGGUGUUCUGUUUCAUUAUUUUAGGGUGGCUGAAUGCAUGUAAUAAGUUUACAAUUAGCUUGAUCACAUUCUGGGGUAUACACACCCCUCAAAUACAGUGCAACAUUCCCCUCCUUAAAGGCCACAUAUUUUUAAUAAAGGCCUUUAGAGAUAUAUAUA